GGACAUAGUCAACCCGGAACUGUGAAUGUGGUCAAUUAGAACUCUCCGAAAACUUUGGACGAAAUGUAACAGCCGAUCGUUCGAAAAGAAUCAAAUCACUGUCGCCGUUUCGCGCGAACAAAGCGAAUGUUAAUCCGCUCCGCCGCCGCGCGAUCUCAAAGAAUGUGAUUUCGUUCCUGUUUUCCCACAGGGUUGUAGACGUACAUUUUUCAACAUGCCUCAGCAAAAGGAUAUAGUAAAGAUUGCCAUUCAGAUGCCAGGGGCAUACCCACAGCUCAUCCAGCUAGACCAGAAAAAGCCCCUCACCGCUGUCAUAAAAGAGGUUUGCGACAAGUGGAAUCUUCCGGGUCCUGACAACUAUGCUUUGCAGUAUGCAGAUGGGAUCCAGACGUACAUCACUGAAUCCAACCGCCUAGACAUCAAAAAUGGCAGCAUCCUGCGUUUAACCAAAGCACCAGGCCGUUGUGCUGAAGAUCUGUAUAAAGGCAUUCAGAGCUCAGACUCGGGCGUGCGCUGUGACUCUCUGAAGCUGCUGGCCGAUGUUUCCACCGACAUCACAUUCGCUCAAGAGUUCAUCAGCCGCGAUGGGCAUUCCCUGCUCGUCAAAAUAGUGGAGGACGCUCACGAGGCUCCUCUGAUAAUGACACACACUCUCAGUGCUUUCAUGGAGCUCAUGGAUCAUGGGAUUGUGUCCUGGGAGAAUCUGUCCAGUGUCUUUAUCAAAAAGAUCGCCAGUUUUGUGAAUGCAAAGGUUCUGGACGCGUCUAUCCAGCAGGUGUCCCUGGCGAUCCUGGAGAGCAUGGUGCUCAGCAGCAAUAGUCUGUUUCAUGUGGUCAAACAAGAAAUCACCCUCGAGAGGCUCAUUUCCCAUCUGCAGGUAACGAACCAGCAGCUGCAGACUAAGGCCAUGGCUCUGCUGAUGGCGAUGCUGCAGGCUGGCGGUGAGGCAGACAGACAGGAGCUCUUCGAAUUUUUAGAGAAAAGGAACCUGCGCCAGUAUAUUCACAAGAACAUCAUCCACAGUUCUAGUUCGGUUGGAGAUGAGAUGGCCCACUACCUCUAUGUGCUGCAGACGGUCCGUCUGAACCACCUGGAGGCCCGUAUGAGGACGCCUCUGGACUCCUACAACCAGGAGCAGAGGGACAUGCUUCACGGGCUCAGACAGGCCGCGUUUGAGACGGAAAGUGAGAGCGGUCUGAGUAACGACCGUAGACGUUCCCUCUGCGCUAAAGAGUUUAAGAAACUAGGCUUCUCGAAUAACAGUAAUCCUGGUCUGGACCUGUGCCGGUGUCCUCCGGGUCUCCUGGCGUUGGACACUAUGGCGUAUUUUGCUUCUCGUUACCCUGACGCAUACAGCAGGUUUGUGCUGGAGAACAGCAGCAGAGAGGACAAACACGAGUGUCCGUUUGCCCGCAGCAGCAUUCAGCUCACUCUCAUCUUGUGCGAGAUCUUGCGCAUCGGAGAACCCCCCUCCGAGACCGGCUCGGACUAUCAUCCCAUCUUCUUUGCUCAGGACCGACUGCUGGACGAGCUUUUCUGCAUCUGCAUUCAGCUCCUCAACAAGACAUGGAAGGAGAUGAGAGCCACGCAGGAAGACUUUGAUAAGGUGAUGCAGGUCGUCCGGGAACAGAUCACCAGGACUCUGUCCAGCAAACCCACGUCUCUGGAGCUCUUCAAGAAUAAGGUGAAUGCACUGAACUACAGCGAGAUUCUCAAACUGAGACAGACGGAAAGACUCCACCAGGAGGAGACGCUUGCUCCACCUGUGCUCGAGCUGAAGGAACGUCUGAAGCCGGAGCUUCUGGAGCUCAUCCGACAGCAGAGACUGAACCGCCUUUGUCACGGAACGCUCUUCCGGAAAAUCAGCAGCCGACGGAGACAAGAUAAGCUGUGGUAUUGUCGACUCUCUCCUAAUCACAAAGUCCUGCACUAUGGAGAUGUGGAAGAGGAGACCGAAACGCCUUCCAUCGAGGCUCUUCAGGAAAAGAUUCCUGUCGCAGACAUCAAAAAUGUGGUAACUGGGAAAGACUGUCCUCACAUGAAGGAGAACAAGGGAAAACAGACCAAGGAGGUGUUGGACUUGGCUUUCAGCAUCACAUACGAUGUUGAAGAGUAUAGCUUGAAUUUCAUCGCCUCUUCCAGAACAGAUUUCUGUCUGUGGACGGAUGGGCUCAAUGUGCUUUUGGGUAAAGAGAUGAGCAGCGAGAGCAUGCGCAGCGAACUAGAGAUUCUCCUCUCUAUGGAAAUCAAGCUCCGCCUCCUUGAUCUGGAAAACGUCCCGAUCCCAGACACGGCACCGCCAAUCCCCAAACCACCCAGCAACUUCAACUUCUGCUACGACUUCAGCCAAGCUGAACAAUAACACAAGACCCAUGGUGGUCUGCGGUAGCUACUGCAUUACUAAGACAGGUAACAACUGGAAAUGGCCACUCAGUGGGAGCAGAAAUGCACGUUUCCUGAAUGCGAGACAUUUGAUAGUAUUAUUAUUUUUUUCUUCCUUGAAACUCAUAUAAUAGACCUGUCUGAAAUUCUCAGGUCUAAAUGCACACUUUUUGUGGUACUUUUCCCCUUUUUACUUAUUUAACGUCUACCAAAAUUGUACUGAAAGGCAUUAAAUGGCAUCAAGCAGCUUAUUUGGGAGGGAAUAAAAGAUUUGGAUGUGUUAUAAACAUUAAUGCAUAAUGUUGGCAUCCCUAUUGAUUCCCUUCAGUGUUUGAGACUCAAAUUGUACUCAUCUGGUUCGAUAUUAUACAGUUUAACAUUUAAAACAAUUGCUUAUUAAUAGUUGGAUUUGAAAGACCAUUUAUGUGCCUGGAGCAUUUCAUGUUUCUGUUUCAGUAUGAAACUCAUACUGAUGCAUGGAUGUUGCAUUAUUAGGUGCACUUAAAAGGUCUGUGCUGGAUUACAUGGGUGAUCAAAAAAUUUGGUACUGAAGUGGGAGUAAUCUCCAUAUGGAACGUGUUUUGAUGAUUUAAUAUGUUUUACAUGUUAUCAGAGGACUAGUUUGGCCAAGUGGUUCGGAGACGCUCUACUAAUAUAUUGGUGAUUUGAUACUUUCAGCUUUGUCACAAUCACACUUGAUCUACAUAAUUUCACUUUUUUUGGUCCAACUAAUCGGUUUUGAUAUAGCCAGUUUCUCUUUAAAACAACUAGCUGUGUAGGAUUUUACAUCAGUAUCUUGUAUGGGAGAUAAUCAUGUUUCUGUUUUAAAAAGAUCUAGUGGCAUUUUAUCAAGAAUCGGAUUUUAUCCACUUAUUGUUUUGGCUAAAGAUCUAAAUGUGGUUUUAUCGCUACAUAACAAGCACUUCAUAUAUUAUGUUGAUUUAUAAUGCAUACAAUUGUAUCAAGAUCAAAAAUAUAUAAUUACAAUUUUCUGGGGUGCCGUUGUAAAAUGCAUUAAUGUAGCUGACAACUUUAAUGUGUAGAAAAUACGCAGGAUUUGCUGUAAACACUUGUGUAAUCCACUGAUCCACUUGUGUUCUUUUGUGGUUUUCACAAAUCUAAUGACAACAUUGAUUUAGCAGAAAACAAAAAAACAAUCCAUGUACUGUAUUUGCUGAUUUGUAUAUAGCUUUACUUGUUAAACUUCUGGUUUUGAUAAUGAUGUAGCCAUUUUACCAGCUGACAGUGGUACGUGAUAUUAAUUGAAGAUUUGUUUAUCCUUUUGUUUGGAAUAAAAGAAUAUAUAUUA